AUGAGCCUUAAAAGAAUCAGGGUGCAGGCAUCUAGACUCUUAUUUACUCGUCGUGGAGCUUGUAUAACAUUUAUUAUCUUCAUAUGGUUCCUCUUUUAUCAUCUUCCAGAUCCUCCUUCCACUCAGAACAAUACCCGCGCAGACCGACCACCCCCAGAGCACCAAGUAGAGGACACCCCACGAUUUCUCUACCGUUCUCCAUUUAGAAACAACCCGGAUAUUCAAUAUGAAAAACAACUAUCAAAUGCCCUAGAGGAGAUUGAACAGGCCGUAUUGGAAAUUCAGGAAAGCAACAUAUCCGAAGAUAGAAUCUGGCAGAUAGCGAAAAAUGAAAAGCACAGGGGGGACGACUCAAUAGUAUUUGAGGGAAAACAUAAAGAGUGGGAAUACACUUUAGUCAGUGAUAAAAGGGCCACCGAGUUCGUGGCCAAUGAGCUAUCCGCCAUCCCCGAAAUUGCGACCAUAUACAAAUCCUACCCUCGGAAUGUUCUCCGAGCAGACCUCCUCAGAUACCUCAUUCUCUGGUACUACGGAGGCUUCUACGCAGACAUCGAUGUCUUCCCCGCUCGCACCAUCAAGACCUGUCCAGCACUAGAGCCCUUCUUCGCACCCCCACCCGACGAAUACACAGAAAGCACUCCUCAUCCCGAUGUAUCGCUCGUUGUUGGGAUUGAAGUCGAUGAGCCAUACGCCUCACAACAAUUUAUGCACGACUGGCAUUGGACAAGGAGCUAUGGGCUGAUACAGUAUACAAUGUAUGCACCACGUCGUUUCAGUCCGCUUCUCCGCGAAACCAUCGUGCGGGUCUUGUCACAUACUAGGCAAUACAACAGUCAACAUAGCAGCUUCGUCCCCCGUCUAGCGUAUGAUGAAAAGACUAUAUUAGGAGUUACCGGGCCUGAUGUCUUUACGGAUGCUAUUCUUGAUACACUUUCCUCUUCGCUUCCUUUGACACAUCCGUUCGUUCGACAAUCUGUCGAUGCAGAUGCGGAUAUAGGGGAUCUUCUCUCUGCUGAACUUGGAGAUUUGAGGGAACGGGUGACGUGGGCUCCAUUCCAUAGACUUCGGGAUCCUGUCUGUAUUCAGGCUGAUGAGGCUGCCCCGAAUAAAUCUAUGGGUGGAAUAUGCGUGUUACCAAUCAGUGUUUGGGGAAAUGGACAGAGACACAGUCAGGCGGGUGGAUUUAAUCAUCCCAACGCGUGUGUCAAUCAUCGGUUUGGACGAACGUGGAAGAAGGGAUGGUGGGAGUAUAUAUUUGGGUGA